UCAUGUGAUCCCGUGCUGCUGCUGCUUCCCUGUUGUCGACUGAACGCAGUCGUAUUUAUCUCAAGUUAUCUCAAGUGAAAAGUUGGUAUCUGUGGUUCAUAUUUGCCCUUAAACUAAAUUUCGUAAUGGCGGAGUUAGGUUUUGUUAUCGCCAUGUCGGUGGUGACUCUGUUUUGGGCUAUUGUUGGAGGCGUAGUUCCGCUGUUUAUCCCUAAAGGACCAAACCGAGGAGUUAUAGUCACAAUGCUGGUGUUAACUGCAGUUUGCUGCUACCUGUUCUGGUUAAUAGCAAUUCUGGCCCAACUCAACCCACUGGCGGGGCCUGCUCUGUCCACGGACACCAUCUGGUACCUGAGAUAUCACUGGCCUUAAAUUACACUUCCAUAACUCCUGAGUAUGCAGGAGAGGAGACCCAACAAUGCGGCAUACCAACGGAGAUGAUACAUCCUGACUUGCCUUAAAAUCAGAUCCCUGUGUGAUUACUGAGUAAUGCCCUGACUGGUGCCUUGUACAAACAAAUGAUUCCCAAAGGAGCUCCAAGAGAUCUGACUGGAUGUGCUUUACUUUAAAUUCACAGGGCCUUCACUUGCUGUUGUUUGGUAUAUACAUAUAUAUAUAUAUAUGAUGUUUAUAUGUUGUGUUAAUUAUAUUAUUAUUAACAAAUGCAUUUGCCUUUAAGAAGCUGAUCUCAUCUCUUUGUCUAUAUUAAUGAAUAGUAGUAAAUAAAUAAAUGCAUUGGUCCAUGACCAAUGUGUUUUGUGUGAACAUAAAACUGUGUUUAAGAAAC